AUGUCGUCUAUCGAUGAGAAGGCUGAGCAUGGCGCUCAAAUUGACGUCCAACACUCUGAGGUCUUGACCAGCCAGGACCUCAUGAACGAUGCCCUCGAUGGCGAGAACCGCGAGCAUGAGAUGGGCGUGUGGGCUGCCGUCCAGAAGCACCCCUGGGCUUGCUUCUGGGCUUUCACCAUGUGUUUCACCAUCGUCAUGGAAUCUUUCGAUAUGUUCCUCAACGGUAACUUCGUCGCUCUUGCAGCUUUCCAGCGGGAAUAUGGUGUCAAGAUUGCGGAAGACACAUACUCUAUCCCCACAAAAUGGCAGAGUGCUCUCUUCCAAUCCGGUCAAUGUGGUGCUUUCGUCGGUGUUUUUAUGGCCGGUCCCAUCACCAACAAAUUCGGUUACCGCUGGACAACAAUCUUUGCGCUGAUCCUGAUGAACGCCACCAUUUUCAUUUCCUUCUUUGCCAACUCCCUUACUCUCCUGGUUGUUGGACAAGCAUUGGAAGGUGUGCCAUGGGGUUUCUUCAUUGCAAACUCGCCAGCUUAUGCUAGUGAGAUUGUCCCAAUGUCCCUCCGUGGUGCCUGCACAGCUACUCUGCAAAUGAGUUGGUCCAUUGGUUCCAUCAUUGUCGCCGCUGCCACCUACAGCUACAACAAGCGCGAUGAUCAAUGGGCGUGGCGUGUGCCUCUUGCCCUGCAGUGGAUCUUCCCUACUCCCCUUCUGAUCCUCAUCUUCCUCGCCCCCGAAUCCCCCUGGUGGCUCAUCCGCCGCGGACGCAAGAAGGAAGCCCUUCGCUCCAUUGAGCGUCUCGGCGCUAAUUCCCCCGAGCACGCCCAACAAUCCCUGGCCAUGAUGGAGCGAACAGUGGAGAUCGAAGCCCAGAUGGGUGGCAGCCCAAGCCUCCUCGACCUUCUCAAGGGAACCGAUCUGCGCCGCACCAUCAUCACCUGCUUGAUGUAUGCCUCGCAGAACUUCGCCGGUAACCUGAUUGCCAACCAAGCCACCUUCUUCUUCGAGCAAGCCGGAAUCUCUCACGACCGCGCUUUCCAACUCAACCUCAUCAACUCCUGCCUCCAGUUCGUCGCAAACGGCAUCUCCUGGGUCUUCACUGCCUACUUCGGCCGUCGAACCAUCUACCUCUGGGGCACAGCAACAAACAUCACCCUCCUCUUCAUCCUGGGCAUCUGCGCCUCAAUCCACCAAACCCCCGCCACCAGCUACGCCCAGGCCGUCCUGGGAAUCAUAAUCUCCUUCGUAUUCGCCGGCACCCUCGGACCAAUCUCUUACACCAUCAUCUCGGAGACAUCUUCCGUGCGUCUGCGCGCGCUCAGCACCGGCGUCGGUCGCGCCGCCUACUACGUUGCCGAGAUCCCCAUGAUCUACCUCGCUUCCCAGAUGCUCAACACGACCGGCUGGAACUUGGCUGGAAAGUGUGGUUAUGUUUGGGGCGGUACUGCCUGUGUCUGCUGGAUGAUGGCUUACUUCUUCUUGCCUGAGCUGAAGAAUCGUUCGUACCGUGAGAGUGAUAUCUUGUUUAACCGCAAGGUUCCUGCGCGCGAUUUCAAGAAGACUAUUAUUGAUGCCCGUGAUAAUGACUAG